UCGCGAGAGUUGGCGCGGGGUCUGCGCUCUGACGUUUCCGGUAACCUGCGGAAGGAGCAGCUGGGCCGAAGCUCACCGCGCCCUCCUCAUCAUCUUCAGCCUCCUCUACCGGGACAUUCCGCUCACCGGAACCGGCUACACUCUCCACGGAGCUCGGGAACUCAUUUACCGUUACACGAGAGAGACAGUGAGCGCUGACAGGCGCUUUAACCCUCAGCAGACACUAGAACCGAUGCUAGCAAGCUAACAGCAUCCUGUCGCGCGGACCGGGAAAUCAAAAUAAUGUCUUUAUUUAUCACUCCCAUUUCAUUUAUACUGGUUUUAUAAAGUGACUGUGCUUUUCGCUCAGGCACACGUGUAGUGUUACGCGUGUUAGCGACAGUAGCACAUGUCGUUUAUAGCUUACAGGUGAUUUUACUCUUUGAUUGUAAUCUCUGUGAAUUAAAUACAUUAUUGUGAAUUAAAGUCAAUGUCAGCUCACAGCAGAGACUUCUAGUGUUUUAAUAAAACGAUGAAAAGACCUGGACAGUACACAAGUUGAGGAGUGUUUGUAGACUGAUCUGGGAUCUUACCAGCUCGAUGACAAGCUGUAAAUCAGAGUUAUUAUACAGUAAAGCUCAGUCUGAGCUCGCCUUAGAUUAAAGGUCUUCUAAACAUCAGCCAUGGCUCCGAAAAAGAGGCCAGAGCCCAUAGUUAUAACCGGAUCUGUGGAAGCACAGACGACCUCUACAUCCAUCGACGCAGCUUCAGAAGCGAAUCUCGAGGCCCUGCAGAAGAAGCUGGAAGAGCUGGAUUUGGAUGAGCAGCAGAAGAAGCGCCUGGAAGCUUUCCUCACGCAGAAAGCCAAUCUGGGCGAGCUCAAAGAUGAUGAUUUCCAGCACAUCAGUGAACUGGGAGCCGGGAACGGAGGUGUGGUUAAUAAAGUGUGCCACAAACCCUCUGGACUCGUGAUGGCACGGAAGUUGAUUCAUCUGGAGAUCAAGCCAGCCAUCAGACAUCAGAUCAUCAGGGAGCUGCAGGUCCUGCACGAGUGUAACUCUCCGUACAUCGUGGGUUUCUACGGGGCGUUUUACAGCGACGGGGAGAUUAGCAUCUGUAUGGAGAACAUGGACGGAGGCUCUUUGGAUCAGGUUCAGAAAGAGGCUCGCAGAAUUCCAGAGGAGAUCUUGGGAAAAGUCAGCAUAGCUGUUUUAAGAGGUCUCGCUUACCUUCGAGAAAAGCACCAGAUUAUCCACAGAGAUGUGAAACCUUCAAAUAUCCUGGUUAAUUCCCGCGGGGAGAUCAAACUGUGUGACUUCGGCGUGAGCGGGCAGCUCAUCGACUCCAUGGCCAACUCUUUUGUAGGAACGCGCUCGUACAUGUCGCCGGAGAGGUUGCAGGGCACUCAUUACUCGGUGCAGUCAGACGUGUGGAGUAUGGGUCUCUCUCUGGUGGAGCUGGCCAUCGGCCGCUAUCCCAUUCCUCCACCCGACGCCAAGGAGCUGGAGGGCAUCUUCGGCAGGGCAGUGAUGGAUGUUAGGGAGCCAGGGACGCACAGUACGUCUCCUCGACCCAGACCCCCCGGCAGACCCGUCAGCGGUCACGGGCCAGUCAUGGCUAUAUUUGAGCUGCUGGAUUAUAUCGUCAAUGAGCCGCCUCCUAAACUCCCUCACGGCGUCUUCACUCCUGAUUUCCAGGACUUUGUGACCAAAUGUCUGAUUAAAAACCCUGCAGACCGAGCGGACCUGAAGAUGCUGGUGGAUAACACGUUUAUUAAGCGCUCCGAGGUGGAGGAGGUGGACUUCGCUGGAUGGUUGUGUAAAACGAUGGGGCUCAAUCAGCCCAGCACACCCACCCAAACAGCUGAAUGACACACACACACACACACACACACACACCUGACCGUCACAUGACCCACGAGUCCCCUUCAGAACACAAAUGUUUACAGCCCAUCUGAUGGAACACCUGCAGAGCUGCUUAUUUGACACUAUACUUCUAUAUUCAUGGGUGCAUCUCAUGGAUCCAGUCAAGAACAUGAACGUUUCACGCUCAAAACUAAGAAAUAAGAGAUGCAUGUAUUUUGAUGAAAGAAAAGUAAGAUCCUUGUCUUGCCAAAAAAAGUGCAUUUGCCCCCAAAAAACCCAAUGAAAUAUUAAAUUAUGAAGUAAAGUCCUGUAUGGUAGUAUUUGUUGUACUGCCUUUAAUUUUGACAUUUUCAUUGCUCGUACUUACAGUAGUGUUUUGUAACAAACAUACAGUUACUGUAAUGUAAUUCACCAAUAAAAAUAGUUACAAAAAUUAAAAUUGGCUAAAAUUACAAAAAUGAAGUUUUGGUUAAUUGUCUUGAAAAUGUCACAAUGCAAAAACGAUUUUAAAGUCUGGUCUUAAAAAUAAGCAAAAUCUAAUUUUCGGAUAUUUUUCUUUUGAUUUUGACGUUGUGACGUGUGGCCUGAGAGUGUUUUUGUCAGAUCCAGACGCACACACGUGUUCUCAUCUGAUCCUUCAUCAGGUGUAACGGAGGUAAUCACCAGCGUCACUCUUAGAAUGAUCUCUGUGUUCAUUCUUACUUUUCUACAGACAGUUGCUGCUUUAAAGACUCAAUAAAGUGAUUGUAGAGGGGAUGAACUGA